AUGUAUUUCCGCGCCUCCUUCUUUGCGCUUUCGCUUCUCGCCGGAUCCAGGGCCCUCGCCAGCGACAACGCGACCAAGCUGAUGGUAUCCGCUGGAUCGAGCCUAAACAAUACCAACGGCACCGGGCAGGCGGACGAGUUGAUGCAUUCCGCUCUGAAAUCGGGGAGAGUCUACAAGAAUUGCAAGGACGUAAGUGACUCCUUCCCACUCGAAGGGAUGAUGUGUUCGCUGUUCAAAGAAAGGGAGACCCCUGUUUUCGGCUGCCUCUCCUCUCCCCAGGGCUGAUCCUUCCUUAAAACAAUCGUGAUGCAGCCCAAGAGUUUCGCCCUGACGUUCGACGACGGACCUGUAAGUACUCCUGAACUCAUCCGCGGUCUUCUCGGGAUUGUGUACAACCGAGACUGACCGCCGUCUCACCCGUUCCUCUCGUUCGUGCGCAGUACAAGUUCGGCGCCGAGAUCGCCAAGUACCUCAACAAGCAAAACGUCAAGGCGACGUUCUUCGUCAAUGGGUCAGUACACGCAUCCAAAAUCCGUUUCGAUUUCAGUUGAAACUCAAAAGGUUUUGUUUCCGUCUUUGUUCCUCAGCUACAACUAUGGCUGCAUCUACGACUACGCUGACGAGCUGAUCGCAAGGCACGAGAAGGGCCACAUCAUCGCUGUCAGUAUUCAACCUCGAUCACACUCCCUAACAUAGCACUAAAUUUCAUUCGCGUGUGUAAAUCUACAGUCGCACACGUGGAACCACGCCGAUCUCACCAAGUUAACGGAAGCACAAAUCCAUCAGGAGAUCGAUCUGGUCAGUUACUCGGCUUCAGAUCGAUCGCUCCGCGCCGAAGGAGGAGAGCUGAUAGUUCUUGAGUUUAAUUUUUUGAAAAGGUCGAAGAAGCGCUUUGGAAAAUCUUGGGGAUCAAGCCUGCUUUGUUCCGAGCUGUAAGUCGGACGUGCGAUAGUUGCCAUCGAACUAGAAUCUUAGACCAGCCUUCUGACCCAUCGGGUGAGCUCCUCGCCGCUAUUCCCCCCGACAGCCGUACGGAAAUCUUAACGACCAAGCGACGGAAAUCAUCACUUCUCGAGGUUACCACCUCGUUGACUGGGCCUUCGACUCCGGAGACUCAAUCGGCGCCGCACCUUCCAAAUCUAUCCAAGACUACGAAGCCCUUUCACCUUCGAAAGAUAAAGGUCCGAUCGCGUUGAAUCAUGAGACGCACAAGAGUACGGCCGAGGAGGUCAUUCCUCAAGUCGUGCCAAUGUUGUUGAAGAAGGGGUAUAAGCUCGUUACGGUUGAUAAAUGUCUGGGAGUGGAGCCUUAUCAAAAGGUCGAUUCGGGUAAGGGAACGAAGAAGCUUGGUGGACCUGAGGAUAAGGAUACGCAAAACGAGGCGCCCGACUUGCAACAGGAGAAAACUCAUCAGCGUUGGGCUCGUCAUAACCAAAAGGCGCAUCCUCGUCAUCAUGAUCAGCUCCACGACAAGAAGGGGUACAAGUCGAACAAGGGUCAUAAGGGGGACAAGCAUCACAAGGAAGACGGGCACCACGGCCACCCCAGGGACCACAAGGGACAUCGCGACUCGCAACACGAGGCUGGUCAUUCCAGAGCUCCUAGGGCCGGCUUCCAAGGGACUCCCGGAAAGAGAGACGAGACCUGGACUUGUGGUGAGUGCAGAAAUAGGCUAGAGCCCUUCCCUUGACCUGAUCUAAGAAACUGAUUAUUGUCUUGUCUGUGUUGUCGCCAGCCAACACCCCAGCUCCUGGCUCGAUGUAG